CCUCUGGGAGCGCGCAGGACCCGUCCCUACAGCAGCGCAUCCAUCCUGCCGUGGAGCCGGGAGCGUGGAGCCGCGAGGAGCGCACACAGAGAGCCACAGAAGAUGGACGGAGUGGGAUCGUUCGGAGCGGGCCGGACCGGGUCCACUAUCGACCCGAUUAGCUUCGUCAAGCAGCCGCAGACCAUCCUGAGAGCGCUGUCCUUGAUAUUCUCCCUGGUGGUCUUUGCCUCCAUCGUGAACGAGGGUUACGUCAACUUGGGCAGCGAGCGCCUCCACUGCGUCUUCAACAAGAAUGCAGAUGCGUGUAACUACGGCGUGUUCGUGGGCCUGGUGGGCCUGCUGGCGUGCGCCUUCUUCUUCCUGCUCGACUACAAAUUCUCCUCCAUCAGCUCUGUUAAAGACAGGAAGAAGGCCGUGAUGCUCGAGAUCGGGUUCUCAGGUUUCUGGGCUUUUCUCUACUUUGUCAGUUUCUGCUUCCUGGCCAAUCAGUGGUCCCGGACCAAGGACGCUGAUGUGCCUCUCAACCAGGGAGCGGAUGCAGCUCGAGCAGCAAUUGCCUUCUCUUUCUUCUCCAUAAUCACCUGGGCCGGUCUAACGGUCCGUGCGGUCCAGAAGUAUCUGCUCGGUACAGACAUGACCCUGUUCACCACCGAGCACAUGGACGGCGGCGCCCCCACCCAGCCUUACCCCUCCAACUCACCAGGAGCAGGCACCACUGAGACCACAGACACCUACAAGAGCCCACCGUUCACCGAGAACAACGCGGCGCCCACAUACCAGGUUCCCAUUUACUGAGAGAGAUAGACCUGCCGGUGGAAGAGGAAGGCGGAGAUACAGAUGAGAGGAAAUUGCUUUCUGUGAUGUUACACGUGCAGCUGUUUAUGUGUCGAUCCGGGCUGAGUUUUCAGUAAUCAUUGAAAAAAAAAAACAGAAAAAAAAAAACAACAACGGCCUCUGCUUCUUUUCUUUCCUCCUCUCGUUCUCAUUUUUUUUUUACAUUUUUAAAAAAUUUUCUUCUUUGACAUUCCAGCUUUAUCUGCACUUUUCUAGACCUGUGUGUACUUUGGCAAACCCAGUGUCUUCGCAUCAGAGCAGAUAAAACAAAAAAAAGAAAAAAACAAGAGGGGGAAAUGUAAAA